AGCUUGAGCCCCGUAGUUUGGGUCCAUCAUCAGGAUGCCGUUUGCCCAGUCAUCAUUAACCGUACACAGCGAUCCCAAGAGGCUCCCAGCGUUUAAACUAACCGAGGGACGCCGAGAACCCUAUCUUUCCACCGGGAUCGGGUUUGCUCUCCAGUCGCUGCGCAUGAGCUCUCCGGCGAGAUCAUCGGCGUCGGCGACGAGCGCCGGAUGUCAGGGCGGUGGUGUUAGCGGAAACGUUGGGUUCGGCGACGAUGCCUCCCCUUACCACUACCCCACCGACCCCAUGUCCGCCCAUGACCAACGCAAGGAGGAAGCCCUCGUCGCAUUGAAAUCGGAAUUGAUGGCCGCACUUCAGAAGGAGGUAAAAUCCUUGGACGAAGACAGUUGGAAGUUUGCCCGCCCUCGCUCCCAAAUCCACCUUAUUUCGAGACCGGGUGGGUAUCAACACAAGUUUACAGGAAGAGAUGGAAAUGCGAACCACGUAUUCAAGCAAACCAGAGACAUUUAGUGGUGAAUUUUAAGAGCUUGUCCACAAAAUAAUCAGGUGUUGCUGUUUUCUGAAAAAGUAGAUUUUUGAUCAUUGCAAAGGAAGAUGAUUAUGAUAAGAGAUUGUUGUUGAGAACAGAAAACUGACCUUGCAUUCAAGGCAGCAAUAGUGGAAGGGCUCUAGCAAUCUUCAUUUGCAGUGUAAACAAGCAUUUUUGUAACUUGGCUGAUUCUUGAUUGGAGACUGCUUUUGAGUUAGAUGGACUAUAUUGUUAUUUGCUGAGUAUGUCUGUGAAGUAUGUCUGUGAGGUGAACAGAAGAAAAGCUUGUUUGAAGAGUAGGGUGAGGUGAAGAAAAUUGUUGGUGCGCGUGAUGAGUUUCUGAUGGGUGGGUGGUAAGAAGCAGUAACCUUUUGACCUAUUCUUCAGACUUAAGAAGGGAACACAAAUAUGCUUAGCUUAAUAUAUGUUUGUACCUAUAUUGGAUUCUUGGCCAAUGAUUUAUCUGGACUAUGCUAGCUAAAAAUUAGUUG